AUGCCGCGUCCUCCGCCCUCCAACGGCCUCGGGCCGGCGAGUCGCCCCUCGAGUGCCAGCGAGCUGGCUGAGGAGGCAGGGAACUAUGUCUACAACCCAACAGUGCCGCUUCGGCACUGGGUAGGCGCCGCAGAAACCCUAUACCGAGAGGGCUCGAUUUACAGGCGCGAAGGUAACCUCGCUAAAGCAUACAUGCUCCUGCAUCGAUUCUCCUCCCUCUAUCUCAACAACCUUGCCAAACAUCCCCUUGCGAAGACGCCCGAGGGCAAGAAGAUGCUGAAGACGCUCCAGAGACGUCUUCCGAGCGUGAUAGGGCAGCUCGAAGAAAUGAAGCCCCAGAUAGACGAAGCGCAUCACGAGUGGCAGCGCAUGAGUGAGGCGGAGAGGAAAGAAGUCCAGGACUUCUCGUCCGAGAAGUCGCCCGAGUACGCGGCACACGCCUCGCGGGAUCCAGCCCUGGCUUGGAGCAACAGGGCCCGAGCUAAGGUCUUGGAUGCCGGAGAGAACCAAGAGCUCGCAGUAGACUUGGCGACCAAAGAAUUUAGGAGAAGAAAAGCUGAGAGAUACACCGGAGCAUGGGAGCAGGAAGAUGAAGAGCGAAAUGGCCGCCACCAGGUUGAUCGGGACUGGACAUACACGCGUGAGGUGCCGACCGGCGAUGAUGACCUUCAAAGACAGAUGGAACUGGCGCGAAGACGCUUAGACCAUCCAGACGAAGUCGAACAAUACACACCAAUUCGACCGACACAGCAACUCACCUUACGCUCAUCUUCAUACAAUUACCCCACCAUAUCCAAGUCUUCUCCUCUACAUUACGACCCGUCUCAGAGCGAGAGGUUACGAGACGAAGUAGGACCACAACCCCCACGUCCGCCGAAGGAGUUUGUAUCCCGAAACGAGUCUCUGAACCGCUCAUAUGCGCCCUUAGUUCCCAGAAAAGAGCUUGAUCAAAGCACAAUGCCUCCAUCGGAUCAGGAGAUGUUUAGUCCUCCUCCUCCCGCGGUCCCGGACAAAACACCCAACACUGACCAACCGAAGAAAAAGGAGCGCUACACCUUCAAGCCGGCAGACUACUUGGAGAAUGGCGAUCCACUUCGACCCGUGUUCUUGCCAGAGGGCCUGCGCCGAGAAUUCGUGCAGCUGGCAGCGGACAAGACACGCCAGGGCAUAGAGAUGUGCGGUCUCUUGUGCGGAACGAUCGUCAACAACGCUCUAUUCGUCACCUGUCUGCUCAUCCCAGAGCAGAAGGGCACACCCGAUACCUGCGAGACGAUCAACGAGAGUUCCUACUUCGACUUCAUGGACAAGGAAGAUCUCGUGCAGCUGGGCUGGAUCCACACCCACCCAACGCAGACCUGCUUCAUGAGCUCGCGCGACUUGCACACGCAUGCCGGAUACCAGAUCAUGACCCCAGAGAGCAUUGCUAUAGUUUGUGCUCCGCGGUACGAGCCAUCCUGGGGCGUGUUCCGACUAACCAACCCGCCCGGCCUGAAUCAUCUCCUGCAGUGCAGCAAGACGGACACUUUCCACCAGCACGAUAUUGACUCGAACCUGCUAUACAAGGAUGCUUCGCACCCGCCUGGUCAUGUCUACAUCUCAAAGCGCCUCGAUUACUACGUCCACGACUUGCGACCCGAAGCAUAG